CCCCCAUCGGUAACCCCGACGGUGCUGACAAGCCCAACAAGAAGUACUUCGACCCCCGCGUGUGGGUUCGUGAGGGUGAGAAGACCAUGAGCAAGCGUGUCCAGGAGGCUCUGGAUGACUUCAACGCUGCUGGCCAGCUGUAAACCUUUUUUUUUUUAAAAAAAAAAAAAAGGAAUGAGCCUUAGUACAUAAAAAAAAGAAUGAUGACGACAUACAACUACUGAUGACUUGUAUGAGCAUUUGGGGAGAGAAAAGAUCGGGUAGACAUGGAGUUAGGUGACUGUAUCCAGUGAUCAUGUAUUCCAGUGUAUAAUGAAUUAUGGCAAUUUUUCAAACUCAUUCAUGUCGUAAUGCGCGGAGUAAGCUUCCGUAGUUAUCCCCAAGGUUGUGACUCAGUAUCUACUUUCGUACACCUAUUCUACAUCAAGAGUACAGGGUACUCACGCAAUGCCACGAUUCAUCCAAUCCUUCACAACAACCCCAAAAGACCUCUUCCGUCUAAUCUUCGGCCACUACGUCCGUCUCCGCGCCUAUCACUCCCCCUCCUCCGCCCCCGACACGCCUUCGACCUAAUCACCGUCAACGGCCUCGUACGACCACUAGCUCUAGAUCUGUCGACUUAUGAAUUCCCAAAUGGCGCAUCAAUAAGACCAAACACAUCCGUAAUGCAGAAACUCGCGCGUACGGCGAAAAAUCCGCAUGUUUGCAUUUACUGCGUUGCAAAGGGCACAGAGUUACCGGAGGAUUUGAUACUCGUGCAUGAGUUUCGGGAUCAUUAUUCGUUGCAGGCGGGGAGGGGGAUGGGUGUUGAUGACUUGAACGAGAAAAUUACGGAUUUCUUAUCAGAAAAGGGAGAGAGAUUGAGCAGGGAGGGGUGGUUGUGGAGGUUUCCGAGGGCUGCGGAGGAGAUAUCUUAGCUUAGGUUUGGAGAGUAUGGAGGGCUGGCUAUUGGAAGUAGGAAGGUACGUAUGUGUACGGUCUAGUCCAGACUCAG